GUCUCGCAAGGCGUAAAGAGGGAGCUUCUCUAAUUGGUUCUCAGAGUCUCGGCGCGCUCCUGUCUGCGCCUUAGGAUUGGAUGGUGUGGUGCUCGCACCGCCCAGGGAGCGUUGGUGGUGAUUGGCCGGAGGGUGGACCGGCUAUUUGAAGGCGGCGCGCGGACGAGGUACGCACUUCAGUCGGCGGUGAAAGACGGCGGAGUUGUGUGCUCCGCGGCGCUGUGAUUCCACCUUCCCCGACCCCGCCAUCACCGGACCCAAACGUGGGCCCCGCCGCAGCUGCAGCUGCUGCCGCGGCCCGGCGAGGCAAUGGCCAAAGUGUCGGUACUGAACGUGGCGGUGCUGGAGAACCCGAGUCCUUUCCACAACCCCUUCCGGUUCGAGAUCAGCUUCGAGUGCAGUGAGGCCCUGACGGACGACCUGGAGUGGAAGAUCAUUUAUGUGGGCUCAGCUGAGAGUGAGGAGUUUGAUCAGAUCCUGGACUCUGUGCUGGUUGGACCUGUCCCUGCAGGAAGACAUAUGUUUGUCUUUCAGGCUGACGCACCUAACCCAAGCCUCAUCCCGGAGACAGAUGCUGUAGGUGUGACUGUGGUCCUCAUCACCUGCACCUACCAUGGACAGGAGUUCAUCCGUGUGGGCUAUUAUGUCAACAAUGAGUACCCCAAUCCAGAGCUUCGAGAGAACCCACCCCUGAAACCCGACUUCUCCCAGCUCCAGCGGAACAUCUUGGCCUCAAACCCCCGUGUGACCCGCUUCCAUAUCAACUGGGACAACCAGGAAGACAGGCUGGAAGCUAUUGAGAAUCAGGACCCUGCGCUGGACUAUGGCCUCCCGCUUAGCUACACACCAGCCAAGGGCCUGGCCCUUCCAGGCUGCAUCCCCAGCCUCCUUCCCGAGAACUCCAUGGACUGUAUCUAGUGGGGCCACUAGGCCUCCCAGAUCUGUAUGGGGCAUCUUCAAGACUUCAGGGCCAUCAACUGUUCAGGCCUAUCAGACAUGGCCCCAGGGACUGAGUGGACCUCAGGUCUGUCCUGGCUGGGCCCACAAGAUCAUCUCCGUUCCACUAAGCAGCAGGUCCCUGGGUUGUGCGUUCUCCCUGACAUGCCGUUCUCCUCUUCACACACUGUUGGUUCUCGUGCCACGAGUGCCAUGGACCCAGAGUUCUUUCCUAUACUUGCCUCCCUUGAGGUACUCUUGGUUGAUACCUGGCAAGACCCCCAUUCCUGUCCCUUCACAAACAUCUGGCUGAGGCCACUCUGGCUUCCCUGUGUCACAGGCAAGGUAUCUGGUUAGGAGGUAGACUUGGAUACAAUCUUUGUCCUUCUUCCAGCUGAAGCUUGAGGUCUUUCCAGUCCAGCAGUCCCUAGAAAACAACCCAGCACACUUAGGGACAGUGGCUGUUGUGGGGAGAAGCUGGCACGUGGGAGGCACCUGCUAUGCCUAGACCACUGCCCUCCAAAGCCACAGUGAUUUGGGGCAACAAAGGCCUCUGGUACCCCAGAAACCUUCAAUAUACCCUCCACCUCUGUACCCAGCUGCCUCUGCUAUGUGGAUGCUGUUGUGAUUAGUUUGUAAAUUAAAGUGUUUUUAUAUUAAAGGU